AUGGCUUUCAGAAACAUUAACUCCGCGUUAGUCUCAACGGAAAAAGAAAUCCGGAAGAAAAUAUCAACAAUAUCGUUUCCCCCAAUUCAAACUGAGGUUGCCAUUGCAGUUGCGGCCGAUGCUCUCACUCCCUCUCCAUCCAACCUUAUGGCUUUGAAAAGCGUUAAUAAUAGACUAGUCUCAGUAGGAAAGGAUAUGCAUAAAAAAGUGUCAACUAUGCCACUUCCUUCUAAAAUUGCAGUCGCAACAGUUGUCGGUGUGGUUGCAGCACCAGUAGUUGUUUCGGCUGCGGUAACUACGAUUGGAUUUACGUCGGCAGGGAUUACAUCUGGUUCGAUGGCGGCAACUUUUAUGAGUUCUUACGGUGGAUAUGUGACAGCUGGAAGUGCUUGCGCUUUAAUGCAGAGCAUCGGCGCAGCUGGUCUGGGUAUAACAGGAACGGCGAUAUCGGUUACGGCUGGUGGGGCUCUUGGUUAUACCAUUGGGAAAACAUUAACGAAAAGUCAGGAGGAUGACUCAUUGGUCAUUGCUCAAGAGCAGAAAUAA